AAACAAUAUCUCUCUAUCAUGAGAAUUCCAAGGCCUAAUCUGGCAAAACUCAGCCUUCUUUCACUAAUCCGUUGCCUCAACGGAUGUGGAGAUCAAGCUCACUUUGUUUCCGGUCAAGGCACAAGGAUCUGGAAUCUGAGUGACCGACCAGUGGAAUUGCAAAUAAGGGUAGGAUCAGUAUUGAAGAAAGUUCACAACUUGAAGCCCGGAUCGUCAAAAAGACUCAAGUGCAAGGCCAUCUACAAGACCUAUAUGCCCGGUGCCGGCGCCGGCCGGGAAGGAUUGUUGUAUUACUAUGACGGGACUUGUCAGCCUUACGUUUGGAUUCAUGAUAGCAUGAGGGAUUUCUCGAGAAUGGUGAAACAACAAUAUAUUAGCCUUGAAGAUCUAAGAGAUUGUUGUGAGAUUAGAAUCUUUAGGGAUUGUAAUAAGGGGGAAUGCAUAUCUGUUUUGAAGAAACCUAGGCAGGAUUUAUGUUGAUUUUCUUUUGUGGGUUUUUUUUUUCUUUCAUUUGGGUGGGAUUGGAAUUUGUCCCUUUCUGUGUUUAUCUAAAUCUCUCUUCUAACUAAUUUUCUU